UGGUCAUAUGAAUUUGAGAUUCGCUUCGAUACUAAUCAAAAUUGACAAUAUCAAAAUUAUAUUUUUACUUGAACUCAUCGUUCGGGAAUUGGAUAUAAGGAUCAACUAUGGGAAAUAAAGAAAUCAAACCAUCAGUUAAGAACAACAAAAAUGAUAAACAUCCAAAACAAAAAAAAUCAAUGAGAGAUUUUCGUAAAGAAUUGCAAGAAUCAAUAGAAAAAUUCAAUCAAAAAUUAAUGUUGCGAUAUGAAAUUGACGUGAGAACAAAACAAAUUCGAUGCAUAGAAAAUCGAUUAAAUGAAUUGAAAGAGAUUGAAAACAAUCUUGUUAACCUUAUGGAUAUGUGUUUAUAUUUGUUAUCGUUAUCCGAAAAUAAUUUGCAACAACUCAAUCAACAUUUGAGAAAAAAGCCAAACGAAUCAAUUGAAAAAUGAAAACAUUUGGAUUUGAAAUAACCUUUGAAAUUUU